CUGGCCGCUCCCUCGUCGCCGCGGGAAGAUGCCCUUCACCCGGGGGUGCGAGCCGGGAGGAGCCGGGGCCGCCGGAGCCGCCCGCACCGUCGUGGCCGCCGCCGCCCGUGCGCUUUGAAUCCCGAGAAGCACCCCCUCCCCUCCAGGGCGCCGGGAGCCUCGGCGGCGGCGGGUGCGGGUGUGGAGGUCGGCGCCCUGCCCGGCGCGGCCCAGCGGCCGAGCGCGACCACCGCCAUGGAGCGGGCUCGGGCGGCCGAGUAGCCGCCGCUCCGGCCCGGCGCCCAGUGCCGCCCGCAGCCCCGGCGCGCCGCCCGCCAGGCCCUGGGAGAAGCCGGGAGAAAAAUGAAGUUUCCUCCGCAUCCGCUGGGAACGGGACUCCCUGCACAGCCGUGACCCAGCGGGAGCGCGGGGGGAGGACAGCCGCCUCCGGGCGCGACUCGGUGCUCGGCCGCGGCCGCCGCAGGUCGCCCCCGCCCUCCGCCGCCGCCGCCGGAGGAAUCGCCGCGGAUGCACCGGCCCAGCGGCGGUGGCGAGGAUCUGCAGCGGAUUUGGGGUCUCCCUCCCCCUUCCCGGCGUCUGGCCUGGUCCUCCCUGCUCCGCGCUCCUCCUUCCCGGGAAGCGAAUGGCUGAUGCGCCGCGGACCUAAUGAAUGAUGCAACGGGCUUCGCGUCGGGAUUAGGUUGCACGAGCUGAAUUUUGAAUGAAGGAGAAGAGCUGUUGAUCCCCCCUCUCCCCUCCCCCGAAAGAAGUGUUGACUCGUUGUACUUUUAAUUAUUAUUUUAUUUAAAUCUACGACUUAAUUGUAUUCUUUAAAAAAUGUAUCAGAUAUAUAUUUUAUGGUAACCACCCCCCCACACCUAUAUGUCCACGCGCGGAGUUGAAGACGCGGCAGUCAAGUGAGGGCAGCGGCGUGUUGGAUGUUCGGUUCAGCACCGGCGCUGCACGACAGUGGCUGGAAUCACCAGCGGUUUGUUUUUUUUAAAAAACCGCAGCUUUUAACACUUGGGCUCAAAGCAUCCCCGGAGGAGUCGCCCACCAGUCGGAGGACAGCCGGCGGGACCCGAAGCCACCAACCAUGUCCGGGGAAGUGCGCUUGCGGCAGCUGGAGCAGUUCAUCCUGGACGGGCCGGCGCGGACCAACGGGCAGUGCUUCAGCGUGGAGACCCUGCUGGACAUUCUCAUCUGCCUGUACGACGAGUGCAACAACUCUCCGCUGAGAAGGGAGAAGAACAUUCUGGAAUACCUAGAAUGGGCUAAACCAUUUACUUCUAAAGUGAAACAGAUGCGAUUACAUAGAGAAGACUUUGAAAUAUUAAAGGUGAUUGGUCGAGGAGCUUUUGGAGAGGUUGCUGUAGUGAAACUAAAAAAUGCAGAUAAGGUAUUUGCCAUGAAAAUACUGAAUAAAUGGGAAAUGCUGAAAAGAGCAGAGACGGCAUGUUUUCGUGAAGAAAGGGAUGUGUUAGUGAAUGGAGACAAUAAAUGGAUUACAACUUUGCAUUAUGCUUUCCAGGAUGACAACAACCUGUAUCUAGUUAUGGAUUAUUAUGUUGGUGGGGAUUUGCUUACUCUGCUCAGCAAAUUUGAAGAUAGAUUGCCUGAAGAUAUGGCUCGAUUUUACUUGGCUGAGAUGGUGAUAGCAAUUGAUUCCGUUCAUCAGCUGCAUUAUGUACACAGAGACAUCAAACCUGAUAAUAUAUUGAUGGAUAUGAAUGGACAUAUUCGGUUAGCAGAUUUUGGCUCUUGUCUGAAACUGAUGGAAGAUGGAACGGUUCAGUCCUCAGUGGCUGUUGGAACUCCAGAUUAUAUCUCUCCUGAAAUCCUUCAAGCCAUGGAAGAUGGAAAAGGCAGAUACGGACCCGAGUGUGACUGGUGGUCUUUGGGAGUCUGUAUGUAUGAAAUGCUUUAUGGAGAAACACCGUUUUAUGCAGAAUCUCUGGUGGAGACAUAUGGAAAAAUCAUGAAUCACAAAGAGAGGUUUCAGUUUCCACCUCAGCUGACAGAUGUGUCUGAAAAUGCCAAGGAUCUUAUUCGCAGGCUCAUCUGUAGCAGAGAACAUCGACUUGGUCAAAACGGAAUAGAAGAUUUUAAGAAACACCCAUUUUUCAGUGGAAUUGAUUGGGAUAAUAUUCAAAACUGUGAAGCACCUUAUAUUCCUGAAGUCAGUAGUCCAACAGACACAUCGAACUUCGACGUGGAUGAUGACUGUUUAAAGAAUUCAGAAACGAUGCCCCCACCAACACAUACUGCAUUUUCUGGCCACCACCUGCCAUUUGUUGGUUUUACCUAUACUAGUAGCUGUGUUCUUUCUGAUCGCAGCUGUUUAAGAGUGACAGCUGCUCCCACUUCUCUGGAUCUCGAUGCUAAUGUUCAGAGGACUCUAGACAACAACUUAGCCACCGAAGCUUAUGAAAGAAGGAUUAAACGCCUUGAACAGGAAAAGCUUGAACUUAGUAGAAAGCUUCAAGAGUCAACACAGACUGUCCAAGCUCUGCAGUAUUCAACUGUUGAUGGUCCACUAACAGCAAGCAAAGAUUUAGAAAUAAAAAGUUUAAAAGAAGAAAUUGAAAAACUAAGGAAACAAGUAAGAGAAUCCAGUCAGUUGGAACAACAACUUGAAGAAGCUAAUUCAGUGAGGCGAGAACUAGACGAUGCUUUUAGACAAAUCAAGGCUAAUGAAAAACAAAUCAAAACAUUACAACAAGAAAGAGAAGAAUUAAAUAAGGAACUAGUCCAGGCUAGUGAGCGAUUAAAAAACCAAUCCAAAGAGCUGAAAGACGCACACUGUCAGAGGAAACUGGCCAUGCAGGAAUUCAUGGAGAUCAAUGAGCGGCUAACAGAAUUGCACACCCAGAAACAGAAACUUGCUCGCCAUGUCCGAGAUAAGGAAGAAGAGGUGGACCUGGUGAUGCAAAAAGUUGAAAGCUUAAGGCAAGAACUGCGCAGAACAGAAAGAGCCAAAAAAGAGCUGGAAGUUCAUACAGAAGCUGUAGCUGCCGAAGCGUCUAAAGACAGGAAGCUGCGUGAACAGAGCGAACACUACUCUAAGCAACUGGAAAACGAACUGGAGGGACUGAAGCAAAAACAAAUUAGUUACUCACCAGGAGUGUAUAGCAUAGAACAUCAGCAAGAGAUAACUAAACUAAAGACAGAUUUGGAAAAGAAAAGUAUCUUUUAUGAAGAAGAAUUAUCCAAAAGAGAAGGAAUACAUGCAAAUGAAAUUAAAAAUCUAAAGAAAGAAUUACAUGACUCAGAAGGCCAGCAACUUGCUCUGAACAAAGAAAUUAUGAUUUUGAAAGACAAAUUGGAAAAAAACAGGAGAGAAAGUCAAAGUGAAAGGGAAGAAUUUGAAAAUGAGUUCAAACAACAGUAUGAACGAGAAAAGGUGUUAUUAACUGAAGAAAAUAAAAAACUGACAAGUGAACUUGAUAAGCUCACCGCUCUGUAUGAGAACCUAAGUGUACGCAACCGGCAGCUGGAGGAAGAAGUAAAAGACCUCGCAGACAAGAAGGAAUCAGUGGCGCAUUGGGAAGCCCAAAUCACAGAGAUCAUUCAGUGGGUCAGUGAUGAGAAGGACGCACGAGGAUACCUUCAGGCCUUAGCUUCGAAAAUGACUGAGGAGUUGGAAGCAUUAAGAAACUCCAGCUUGGGCACACGAGCAACAGAUAUGCCCUGGAAAAUGCGUCGUUUUGCGAAACUGGAUAUGUCAGCUAGACUGGAGUUACAGUCAGCUCUGGACGCAGAAAUAAGAGCCAAACAGGCCAUCCAAGAAGAGCUAAAUAAAGUUAAAGCAUCUAACAUCAUAACAGAAUGUAAACUAAAAGAUUCAGAGAAGAAGAACUUGGAACUGCUAUCAGAAAUCGAACAGCUGAUCAAGGACACCGAAGAGCUUAGAUCUGAAAAGGGUGUAGAGCGCCGAGACUCACAGCGCUCUUUCUUGGCAUUUUUGAAUACGCCUACCGAUGCUCUGGAUCAAUUUGACGAUUCCUUUUCUUCUUCCUCAUCUUCACUGAUUGAUUUUUUGGAUGACGCUGAUCCCGUUGAGAGCACACAUGUACGGAAUCCGAACGUCAAGACUGACACCCAGUCAAGGUCCACAUCUCCUUCCACCGCUAGUGAAGCUGCGCCAGUUCAGACUGUAGACAGUUCUCCACUUCCUGUUCACACACCAACCUUAAAGAAAAAAGCAUGCUCUGGUUCAACUGGCUUUCCAUCUAAGCGCAAGACUCAUCAGUUUUUUGUCAAAUCUUUUACUGCUCCCACCAAGUGUCACCAGUGCACCUCUUUGAUGGUGGGCCUGAUCCGACAGGGCUGCUCCUGUGAAGUGUGUGGAUUCUCGUGUCAUAUAACUUGCGUAAACAAAGCUCCCACCGCGUGUCCAGUUCCUCCUGAACAGACAAAAGGUCCCCUGGGUAUAGAUCCUCAGAAAGGAAUAGGAACAGCAUAUGAAGGCCAUGUCAGGAUCCCUAAGCCAGCUGGUGUGAAGAAAGGAUGGCAAAGAGCAUUGGCUGUAGUUUGUGACUUCAAACUCUUCCUGUACGAUGUUGCCGAGGGAAAGGCAUCGCAGCCCAGCGUUGUAGUCAGUCAAGUGAUUGACAUGAGGGAUGAAGAAUUUUCUGUGAGUUCAGUCUUGGCUUCCGAUGUUAUUCAUGCAAGUCGAAAAGAUAUACCCUGUAUAUUUAGAGUCACAAUGUCCCAGCUCUCAGCACCUAAUAACAAAUGCUCGAUCCUGAUGCUGGCAGAUAGUGAGAAUGAGAAGAGCAAGUGGGUGGGAGUGCUGAGUGAAUUACAGAAAAUUUUGAAGAAAAACAAAUUCAGAGACCGCUCCGUCUAUGUUCCCAAAGAGGCUUAUGACAGCACGCUGCCCCUCAUUAAAACCACCCAGGCCGCGGCAAUCAUAGAUCAUGAAAGGAUAGCUUUGGGAAAUGAAGAAGGUUUAUUUGUUGUGCAUGUCACCAAAGAUGAAAUUAUUCGAGUUGGUGACAAUAAGAAGAUUCAUCAAAUUGAACUCAUUCCAAAUGAUCAGCUCGUUGCUGUGAUCUCAGGACGAAACCGUCACGUACGACUCUUUCCUAUGUCAGCUUUGGACGGACGAGAGACUGAGUUUUAUAAGCUGGCGGAAACUAAAGGGUGUCAAACCAUAACUUCUGGGAAACUGCGUCACGGCACGCUCACCUGCCUGUGUGUGGCGAUGAAAAGGCAGGUCCUCUGUUACGAACUAUUUCAGAGCAAGACCCGUCACAGAAAAUUUAAGGAAAUUCAAGUCCCGUAUAAUGUCCAGUGGAUGGCAGUCUUCAGUGAACACCUCUGUGUGGGAUUCCAGUCGGGAUUUCAGAGAUACCCCUUGAACGGAGAAGGAACUUCAUGCAGUAUGCUCCACUCAAGUGACCACACGCUGGCCUUUGUCACACAUCAGCCCCUGGACGCCAUCUGCGCCGUGGAGAUCUCCAGUAAAGAAUACCUGCUGUGUUUUAGCAGCAUCGGGCUCUACACCGACUGCCAGGGCCGCAGGUCGAGGCAGCAGGAGCUGACGUGGCCAGCUAACCCUUCCUCCUGUUGCUAUAAUGCCCCCUACCUGUCCGUGUACAGUGAAAACGCGGUGGACGUCUUCGAUGUGAACUCCAUGGAGUGGAUUCAGACGCUCCCGCUCAAAAAGGUUCGACCCUUAAACAGUGAAGGAUCAUUAAAUCUGUUAGGCUUGGAGACGAUUAGAUUAAUUUAUUUCAAAAAUAAGAUGGCAGAAGGGGAUGAACUGGUAGUUCCUGAAACCACAGAUAACAGUCGAAAACAAAUGGUUAGAAAUAUUAACAACAAGCGGCGUUACUCCUUCAGGGUCCCGGAAGAGGAAAGGAUGCAACAGAGGAGAGAGAUGCUACGAGAUCCUGAAAUGAGAAAUAAAUUAAUUUCUAACCCAACUAAUUUUAACCACAUAGCACACAUGGGUCCAGGAGAUGGCAUACAGAUCCUAAAAGACCUGCCCAUGCCAGGCUUCCCCUAUCCAUCCCCUCAUCACCACUCCGGUCUGAUCUCCUCUCCGAUCAACUUUGAGCACAUCUAUCACAUGACUGUUAAUUCUGCUGAAAAGUUUCUCUUUCCUGAUUCCGUAAACUCUGCGCAUUCCCCGUCUCUGCGCUCUGUCCCCGGUACACCCAGCUUUAUGGCUCUGAGGAACCCUCGGCCUCAGGAAAGCCGGACCGUGUUCAGCGGCUCAGUCAGUAUUCCCUCCAUCACCAAGUCCCGCCCCGAGCCCGGCCGCUCCAUGAGCGCCAGCAGCGGCCUGUCGGCAAGGUCCUCCGCACAGAACGGCAGCGCCCUGAAGAGAGAGUUCUCGGGAGGAAGCUACAGCGCCCAGCGCCAGCCCCUGCCGUCACCCUCCGAGGGCUCCCUGUCGUCGGGAGGCAUGGACCAAGGCAGCGACGCCCCGGCCAGGGACUAUGAUGGGGAGGACUCCGACUCCCCGAGGCAUUCCACGGCGUCCAACAGCUCCAACCUGAGCAGCCCGCCCAGCCCCGCGUCGCCGCGCAAGACCCAGAGCCUCUCCCUGGAGAGCACCGACCGCGGGGCCUGGGACCCGUGACCUGCUUGGCCCAGAGCAGACAGCUGCUUCUCUCUUAGGCCCCUUCCCCUCCUGCCUCCCCUCUGCCCCACGCGCCUGCCAGGCUGGCAGCAGGGCCGGCGGGGCUCAGGGUGCAGGCGGCUCCGGCCCUCGCCCUCCGCACUGCAGCCCCGGCGGCCGCCCCAGGCGCCUGGCUGACUGGUUUCAUUUCAGGCCCUUGCAGCCGCCCUCUCGUGCCCCCCCCACCCCCCCACCCCCACCCCCCAUAGCUUCCGUAGGCGGAGGACCGUGCGCCCCGCGAUGGAGUCGGCGGCGCUGUUCCCAGUAGUCUCUAGUCCCCGCACAGCACACGCCCCGGCCGCGGCCCCCGCCCUCGGCGCCCAGCGAUGGUCCUGCCCGUCGCCAGUGAAUCUAUGGACUAAACGAUGCUGAUCUCACUGCAGCCCCGAGUGUGAGUGCACAUGCAGAGGUGGGUGCUGGAUGUACACAGCGAAGAGCAUCUUGUAUUCGAUGACAGAUGGAUGCAUAUAUAAGAGAGCGAUCAUUUAAUUUAAA